UGCUAUUGACCUGGCAACGCUAUUUAUUUUGUAUAUUUUUGACAUAUAUUUAAAUUUUAUUAAUAACAAAAGUAAUAUCAGAGUGUAAUGUCCCAAAAACGGAAAUAUAAUGAAAGAUGGAGCAAAGAGAUGGUGGACCUAUUCAUUGCAGCACGCAUACGGCUGGAUGAUAUGUUCACUCGGAAGCGAGCAAAUCCCCGAGAAUGCUGGGAGCUAGUUGGUGAGGAAUGCGGGGCAAAUGACGACUGGACUGUGCUCAAGCAACGCUGGAAUAAUUUAAAAAAAAAAUAUCAACGUCUUAAAAAUCCACCAGCGGGUAGUGGCAAUUGUGGUGCUGACAACGCAAUAAGUUGGCCAUUUUAUGAUCAACUUCAUGAAUAUUGCAGUCAGCGCCAUAAAAUGAAUCCGCCACUUAUAAUAAACAGCGAAGAGCGCAGUCCAGACCCAAUUGCCCCGGAUGUAGAAUGUAUAUUAGGAAUCACAUCGCCAACAAGUUCCCAGCAUUCCGGGACUUCAUCCAGCCGGGCCACAACUACACAGGCGCUCCUGAAUUCGGCAAUGCGAACAGAAAAGGAACUGAGGAGGGCGGCACGAGCCAUAACGCAGUAUAUUUCAACUUCUUUGCAAGUUGAAAUACCAUUGUCUGAUUCUGAGUAAGGGAGUGUGCUGUGCACAUCAGCUCAUUUUUUGUAUAUAUCUACUAUCUUAUGGAUCACUGUUAAAUUCCAAAUUUCUACAAAGUUUGAGAGAAAAACUAGUUCGUCUCCUACAAGUAAAUUGAGCCUAUUAAAUUUUAAUAGCUGUACGCAAAUAUUAGCAAAUAAGUACAAUGGUUCUUUACUUCCUGCCGACAGUGAAAUAUUUAACGUACCAAUGGUGCACUGUAAAACAUACCGAUUACGCAUAGUGACUUUAAUACAUGCGACAAGGUGCUGAACCAUAUACAGUAUCCACCAGCAAAGUUCAAAAUAUUAGUUAGUAAGAGU